AUGGAUUCAGUUCAGAUGCAAUCUUCAAAUAAUGAUUUUAGUAUAUCUCAAGAUGAAAAGUCAACAAAUUGCCAGAAGUCUCAUGGGUCUGAAAGAAAAAAGUUUAAAAAGGAUGAAGCAAAAUAUACUCUUAAAAAGAGAGAAAUGAAGAACCUUGAAAGUUACCAACAAGCAGCAUUACUUUGUUUAAUGAAUUCUAAGUGUUCUUUUUCAUUAGAACAUCCAGGAAAACAAUCAAAAGUUACAGUUACUAUGCCACGCUUAGUUAGUCUUUAUAUAGAUAAACAAGAAAUAGAAGUUGCAAAACUUGCAGAUACUCAAAGUCAAUUAAUUAUGAAGAAAGAGGUUGCAGGAGGAGUUAGCCAAACUACCUCAACAAGAAGGUAUGAAAAGAAUAAGAGAAUAUUUACACAGAACUUUCUAUUCGAUCUUUGUCUAGAAUAUGGGUUUUGGUUUGAAUCAAAACCAUCUAGAAAAUCUAAAAAAUCACAUCAAAUGGAGAGAAUUACUCGUAUAUAUUAUAAAGAUACAUAUUUAAUGAAUCAAACAAAAAUGAUGGAACUUGGAAAAGCUGUAAAUUCUUUUUUGUUUAGUAAUAUUAUAAAUGAUAAACGAGUAACUAUUAACCAAAACAAUAUUAAAUUAUCUGAUAUAAAGAAGUCAUUUGGAUUGACUGAUACAUUGUUCAUGUAA